AGGUUUUAAAACUCAUUACCUGAUGGCAAAUUGCGUGUAUACAUUACAAACAUGUGCGCUACUGUUGGUAAUGUGUCUGAAGAGGAGUGCUUUGUCUUUACUGAGUUCAGACAUUAUGAUCAGGUUAUGAAGUUGAUAUCAAACAUAAAGUUUGAACUGUCGGAUUUUCGCAAGAAAGAGAACUUGGAGGAUACACUUGUCCAAAUAUUCAACUAUUACCAGGAGCAGCCACAUCUGCUUGAUCCUUAUCUUGGAAAAAUGAUAUCAGCUUGCCUGGAUGUUGUGCACUGUUCUCGCUCAGAGCCUGAAGUUUUUCACUUCGCGUUCAGGAUCUUAUAUCUAAUGGCAAAAACCCGAGGUUACAAGGCCAUUAUCCGUUUGAUGCCACAUACGGUUGAUGAUAUUGAACCAACUUUAAGUCUUCUCAUGGAGCAAGAUAUAAAUGAUUCAAAGAACUGGGAGACGCGCUAUGUUCUUAUCCUUUGGUUAUCAAUCUUGGUAAUGGUCCCAUUCAACUUGGGAAAUCUUGACAGUUUUGGAAAAAAACCUAUAAUUGAGCGUGUAAUUGAUUUAGCCAAGCUCUACCUUUUUCAGGAUGAGCGUACUCAAGAAGCAGCUGCUUUCCUUCUUGCGCAUACUGUUACCCGGCCAGAUGCACUUCAUGCCCAGCUACCAUCAGUAAUUUCGUUUGCAAUUAAAAAUCUAGGCUUUACUGAUGUUAUCAACGUACAAGACGAAAAGCGAGUAUGCGGCACCCUCAGAAGUAUAGCUAAUAUAUGUAAACUCGGAAGCCGCGCUGAAUUGUUACCUUAUGCGAGUGAUCUUUUGGGUGCAGUACUUCAGUUGCCUGGAGAUUCUUCUAAGGGGAUUCUUCUAUGUCGUCUUGAAACGAAAGUUUUACAACGAAUUUGUUUGUUAUUUUGCCCACCAAUAAAUACAACAUGGCAGUACCAACGAGGAUGUCGAUCACUACAAGACAACUUAGAAUCUCUUUUGAUGAAUCAUGACAACAAAGAUUCUUUAGUCUCUGCAAAAGUUGCUGAUCAUUCGUUAUACACAGGUUUUCAAAAUAAUAUCUCAAGUGAUAUUUCUGGGUAUUGUUCAUUAACUAUGAACUAUGAAUUGUCCAACACAGACGAAGUUGCAGAAGUUAUUGAUAAACUAAUAAGCGCUUUACGCAGUCAAUUUACUGGGGUUCGUUGGUCUGCUGCCAAAGGGAUCGGACGUAUUUGUUCUCGUCUUUCCAGUUCAAUGGUAAAUGAUGUUCUAUCGGCUGUAUUGUCCUUGUGUACGAAACUCGAACCAUAUACUGCAUGGCAUGGAGCUUGCCUUGCUUUGGCUGAACUUGGCCGUCGCAGCCUUCUUUUACCAUCUAAAUUACCAGAAGUAAUCCCAGUAGUUUUACGAGCUCUGUUUUAUGAUGAGCGGUCUGGUGAUCAUAAUUAUGGAUCAAAUGUUCGAGAUGCUGGGUGUUAUGUGUGUUGGGCAUUCGCAAGGGCAUAUCAUCCUAAGGAUUUCGUGGAUUAUGUCGUUCCUAUUGCAAGCUCUCUAGUCUUGGUUAGCCUAUUCGACCGAGAGGUUAGUGUACGUCGAGCAGCGUCUGCUGCAUUUCAAGAGAACGUGGGUAGACAGGGUCAUUUUCCACAUGGAAUUGAAGUCCUCACUACAUGUGAUUAUUUCAGUGUGGGAAAUCGUGCUCACUGUUACCUUCAGUUGAGUGUGUCUGUAGCUAAAUUUAAAGAAUAUGUAGAACCUAUGAUUGGUCAUUUGGUCAAUGUUCGUCUUGGACAUUGGGAUGAUUCAAUCAGAUAUCUGGCUGCUUGUGCUUUAGGCAAACUAUACAUAGCUGAUCCUGAUUACAUGAUGGAAGUUGUCUUGCCUCAGAUCAUCAAUGGUUCAAUUAAAUCUACUCUACACAAUCAACAAGGGUGUAUAUUUGGAACAGGUGAAUUGUUAUGUGCAUCAUCCAGUUAUGUUAUAAAUGAGGAAAAUCUACUCAAGAUUAAGGAAAUUGUUCCAGCACUUAAAAGAGCGAACAAAUUUCGUGGUCUAAGUGGUGAAUUAAUUCGAAAAGCAACUGCUCAUUUUAUUCAGAAGUGUGCAAUGGCCAGAUUACCGUUUCAUGAUGAUCCAAUUAUUGAAGUUUGGCGUGAAUUCUUGGAUGAUUGUGUCGGACAUAAAAAUCCUGAAGUACAGAAAGCUACUGUGAAUGCAUAUCCUCACUUUUUAUCAACUUAUUUGUACAACCGAAAUGGUGAACUGAAAUUAGGCUAUAAAGGUAUUUUAACAAAUUUUGUAAAAUAAAUUAUACGUUAAUCUGCCUGUUAAUAACCUUUCAAUAGUGUGUACCAAUUUUUGUUUGGCCAACUGCCUUUAUCUAAAUAUGGUAUUUUUACUGGGACAUUUGUUCUCUAUCUAUCAGCAUUCACCAUUGACUUUGAUACAUACUCUCCGAUCUGUUGAAACUACUCUCGAGGUAUAGAUAAUAUUUUGUACAUGACAACUUGUCACAAAAACAAAUGAAGACACUACCAUGCCUAGUCGCGAAUACACUCAUCUUCGUGCUUUGUUUACAGGUUAACAAUGUUUAUUAGAUGGUGAUAAACUUGUGGAUGGAGCGCAAACUACUGAUGUAUCUGUGUACCGUCCAUCCAUGGAUGAGUUUUUUUUUUAGGUCUAUGAGCCAAACUCUGUAGAUAAUCUUCAUUUAAGCACACACAUACUCUGAAUUUGUGGAUAGUAUCCUUUCAAUCGGCUAGACAUUUAUUAUACUGCUGAGAUUGUUGUUACCAUUGAUAAACCCCUAAUAUUGGUUGUAAAGUUCAUCCUGUUUACUACAAAUAGGAUUCAGAUGGACUGACCAAAUGUAAUUUACCACUUAUAAAUAGUUUUUGGUAAGAUUUAUUAUGGUAGUGCUCCAUUAAAUUAUAUUUUUCUCUUGGUUUUACUUCGUGCGUUAACUCUCACAAUUUGUUCAGGAUCAUUCAUCAGAUCAUACUUAUUUGGUAUCAGAAUAUCUUACUUGAAGUAAGUAAAAUCAAGUUCAAACUCAACCCUACAUUUUUUAGGUGGAUAUGUGGAAUAUCGAAUUCCAAGUUCAAUAAAGUACUAUUAGAAACUCAAAAUAUAUUUAGUUUAGUCAAUAAUUCGUCUUUGAGUUCACUGUAUAGUUACUUGAAUAAUAGAUUCAACCCAACUUAAAAGUAUCAUUUUUAUUUACUUCGUUCAAUCUGUCUGCUAAACCUUAUUUCUUGUCGAGUACGUAGAUGUUAUUUUUGAGUUAUAUAUUAAUGAUAUCGAUAGGUAAAUCAAGUUACUAAGCAUUGUAUUUUAGUUAAACUCAUAACUUGUAAAUUGUUUUCAUUUUCAGAUUUAUUGUACAGGAAUUUUUUACUUCAUUUAAAUACUAAUUCUGAAUCGGAACUUUCCGGUUAUUUACAAAUUAUUGGUGCAGCUCCGAGUAGUUUGUAUUGUGGACAUGUUGCUGAUUUACUGGAUACUGUCACUAGUGCUUGUAAAUCGACUUCAAAGACAAAAUUCUGGGUUGAUUCUCGCGGAUCCGCAUUAAAAGCUCUUGUUGAGAUCAUAAAAAGUCUUGGGGCUCAUCACUCGGAAUUAAAUGUUACCCUUUUGAAAUCUACUUGUUAUAUUUUACUCCAAUCUAUAUCCGAUUAUACAAUGGAUUCACGUGGGGAUGUAGGUUCUCUAAUACAUAGACAUUGGUACAUGGGAGCACCAAAUACAUAUGCGCCACACAAAUCGAAUGGAUCCCCCAAACAGAAGCAGGUGGUUUUCUUAAAGUUCGCACCUCAGCCUUUGACUUAAAGGUAUAAGCCAUAAGGCAGUGGAGCAAUGUUAAGAGAUGCAGUCCUAUGGUUGCUGGUUACCAACAAUAGAUUGACAGGCCAUUUGUUCCUUCAGGAUCCUGAAGCCAAUGUGCACCAUUGGUUUUGAAUUAGGGUUUUCCAACUAACUCUUCUAGAUGAGUCCUCCAUAUCUACCAAUCCGGGUAAAGUGCUGGACAUUAUUUUUUUGGCCUUUCAACUUCGUAAACAACACCUCGACCACGAUAAGGCAGUGAGCAGGAUUCCCUUGUGAGUGGCUGUAUAUUCGUGACCAUGUGAGAGCAUUUGGAGAGGGAGAACGGACUCUCCCCACCCUCAUCCUUACCAGAGCACAUAAGGACAUACAAAUAACUUGAGUAAAGUUAACACGUACUGACCAAUGGUUAGGUAAUGCGUAAGUACCUUAAUCUAGAAACUAUUUCUCAAUCAUCCUAUAUAUAGUUAUUUGAAGUUUAUGAUUCAGUUAUUAUAACGAGUUGUACUCUUUGAUGACUAAAACAUAUUAUCUACGGCCAUCUGUUUUCAAGUUUAUCUUGUUUCUUUACAAAGAUAAUGUAGUGAUAUUUAUUUUCACUCGACAUUUUCACAGUAUCGUUAAUAUCGUUACAGUAUACACUGAUUAAUAUUUUCUCUUUAUUUGCAUACAUACAUAGUGUUCGCGAAGUUGGAAUGAAAUGUUUGAACUCAUAUAUUGAGUUUCUUGUAAAUAAUCAAUACAAAGAGCUUAUUACAUCAGACAUGAUUGAAGAAGUGAUGACUAGCAUUGCACAACAAGCUGUUGAAAAAAUCGAUCGGACACGAGAUGUAGCUGGUCAAGUGUUCGCUCAUUUACUCCAUCAUGAUCCUCCUAUCGAACACAUUCCUCAUUUUGAAGAACUGAAACAAAUUUUCCCAAAAUCUGAUUGUGAUGAUAUGAUAUGGAAUUCGGCCAAUUCAACAUUUCAUCGUUUUACGAAAUUGUUGGAUUUUCCAGAAUAUCGUUAUCGUUUAAUUUUAGGCUUAAUCGUCAGUGUCGGUGGUCUGACAGAAUUAACAAUUCGGUGUAGCACUUCAGCUUUAAGUGCAUAUUUUCUUGAUCAUGAAUCAGAUCAGCUGUUUAUUGUUGAAGUGUUAAAGAUUGUUGAACAGAUUCUGCAAUCGUUUCGACAAGAAGAGAGGAUUGUUAUUCCUCUUUUUAAAUUUUUGGACUUUUUACUGAAUGAUCCGAUUGUCAACUCAACAGUUGAUCCAAACAGAUUUGGUGGGAUGUUACAAUUCACUGGGCCUGUUCGAAAGCGAUCUCUAUCGUUAAUGAUGGUCAUGUUGGGAUCUCGUUACCCAAUUAUUCGUAAGAUAACCGCAACAGAAUUGUAUGAAGGUCUACUGGUUUAUGAGUUAUGUUCAUCUGAGUUAUUAGAUCAAGUAUCAUCCAUACUUACUGAAACCAUCUGGGAAGGUGAUGUUGAAGUAGUCAGACCAAUUCGUAAUCAACUUUGUGAAUUAUUUCAAGUUCCUGUACCAAGAAUAGCGAGUAAUACUCAGAACCAUACAUCACCAGCUUGAAAAGUUUAUGGAAUGAAGCUUCUAAUGCAAAUAUAAUCUACGAGGAUUUGUUUCAUACAAAUGUGAAUAUAUAUAACAAUAUGAAGAAAAUAUAAUUUUAUUUAAUUGUAGUAAUGUUAUUUAAUAAUCUGCAUUAUUUAUUUUCGUGUUUUGAAACAAUUCGUUGUUUUUUUUAUUGUAAUGUAAAUACUUCAUUGUUAAUAAUGAUUGCUAAGCAAGAAUUUUCAAUGUAUGUUACUCGGUCAUAUUUGUUUUAGUUAUCGAAAUACGUCAAGUUAAAUUAAUGUUCUUUGAUAAAUAAGAUCGGAUUGAUUAUUAAGGAUGGAUUUAUGUCUAUUAAUUAAAAUGUAAAGUGUAACCAGACGUUGAUUAUUUUAUUGAUAUGAUUCGUUGUGUGAUUAGUUAUAGAUGCUAGAGUUUGUCAAGUUUAAUAAGCUGGGACCGAAAGUAACCUUAGGAGCGCUACAGGCAGGAUAGUGCAAUAUACGUACGCUACAUAAGUUACUUGGUGUAUCUUGAAUAGUACAUCCAAGUUACUCAGCUGAAAAUUUUAAUUAUGAAAUUAAUUUUCUCCAAAUUGUUGAAAAUAAAAAUGAAAGAUAAAUUGCUACAAGCUUUUUUAUGAAGUGGAUGUAAUCAAAUUAUGCUAACCAUCCAGUUAUUUUAAUUGUAGAAGAGUGCUAGCAAUUCAAGUGUGGAGUGUUUUACUUAUUAUAACAUGUAUAGAAACUGUGAUUUGUAGGUAUUUGUAUUAUACUGUUGUUGGUAUUCAGAGUUGAUUUUUCAUUCCAUUGUUGGAAUAUGUGCAUUCUGACAAGAUUAUAUCGAUAUAAGUUUGUUCUUACAACUCUUGGGAUGAAGUUACUAACCCGUCUUUAUCCGGGACUGGCAGUAAUCCUGAAAAGAUACUAAGCGAAAUUGCUUUUCUUUUAAACAACCUAACAGUCCUAAAAGACUGCUACAGUUUGAAAUACAUUCGGAUAUUAGUCCCUGAUAACAUAAGUUAAUUUAUUUAGGGCUUUAACCAUUUCUAGACCUUACUAUAAUACAUUUAACUAAUUACUCUUCGAACGAGUUAUGUUUUUCACUAAUAUUAGGAUACCAUUUAAGUAACACCACUCAUAGCCCUAUAGAAUAGAAUGUCGUUUCGAGCUUUUUCCUAAGUAUAGUGUUUAUGAUAAAGUUCAUUUUUGCAUUGUUUGCUGUAAAAGUAAAUUUAUACAGUCGUAUUUUAAUCUUCAUAGGCAUAAUGACAGUAUAAAUUAAUACGAUUUCAUUUUCAUACUAAAAAUCCAAUGCUUAGUGUUUACAUAAUUACUCCGAAAAUUUCUUUUUUAAUUAUUUGGAAUGGGAUUGAUAUUUAGUUAGUUUAUCAAACUUUAAUUGGACAUGCUGACAAUCAUAUAAAAAGCAGCAUAUUAAUCAUUUGUAAUAUUUGUAGUUAAUAGGCUAACAAAAUAUUAGAAAUAUCUCACUAAACUGUGCAACC